GUGACGCAGGACCGCAGCUGGCCUCGUUCUGGCCGCCGCCGCCGCUUUGAGGCGGAGUAGGAUGAGGCCCGCGGCCGAGGCUCCGGCGUCGGCAGGGGCAGCAGCAGCUGAGGCAGCAGCUGAGGCAGCCGCGACGGCCGCGCCCCCCCCUCCUGACCUGGAUUAGGCCCAGCAGCUCCGUGGCCGCCGCCGCCCCGCGGGGGGGCGGGGUGGGGAAGUGCUUCGUCUCCCCGCCCCCCCCCCCAUUGCCGCCUCGCAAGAGGCAACCGCCGCGACCCCAGCGGAGCCCGCGGCCCAGCCUUGAGCCCCCAAGUCCGGGGGCUGGCAUGAGUGGCCCUUCGGGGGCACCGGGGGGCGGGGGAAACGCCGCCGUCUGAGCCCCGGCCUGCUGUCCGACCCCACCUCGCUGACCGAGGCUGACCGCGGAGCGUGCGAACGACCCCGCCACUGCUUUCUUCUUCCCGCAGAUCGCACAUUUUAGCCCCGGAAGAUGGGGAACUGCCUCAAAUCCCCCACUUCGGAUGACAUCUCCCUGCUUCACGAGUCUCAGUCCGACCGGGCUAGUUUUGGCGAAGGGACGGAGCCGGAUCAGGAGCCGCCGCCGCCAUAUCAGGAACAAGUUCCAGUUCCGGUCUAUCAUCCAACACCUAGCCAGACUCGCCUAGCAACUCAGCUGACUGAAGAGGAACAAAUUAGGAUAGCUCAAAGAAUAGGCCUUAUACAGCAUCUGCCUAAAGGAGUUUAUGACCCUGGAAGGGAUGGAUCAGAAAAAAAGAUCCGGGAGUGUGUUAUCUGUAUGAUGGACUUUGUUUAUGGGGACCCGAUUCGAUUUCUGCCGUGCAUGCACAUCUAUCACCUGGACUGUAUAGAUGACUGGUUGAUGAGAUCCUUCACGUGCCCCUCUUGCAUGGAGCCGGUUGAUGCAGCACUGCUUUCGUCCUACGAGACUAAUUGAGCCAGGGUCUCUGGUCUGACUUCAAGUGAACCAUCAUAUUUGGUGGUUUUGAUCUUUUGUCACUGAGCCCAAAGAGCCAGGGAUUAGGAAUUAAGAUCAUGCACAAAAGUUUCCUAAAAAUUCCUGAAUGGCUGCAGAUGUUGGGGAAAAAAAUACGUGAUAUUUUAGAAAUUUAGGGGGAAAAGUAGGAUGGUAUUUUUAUGUAAAGCCUUGACCCAGUGUUUAAAAAUAUAAUUGUAUUUAGAUCUUGUUAUGCUCCAGUACAUAGGAAUUGUGUAAAGUGUUACAGCAGCUGUAUAUGUUUAAAUUGUGUGUGUUGAAGAUUAGGAAAAAGAUAGUGGUUGUUUUUCCUAAAUGAAAUAACUCUCUUUUUCCCCCCACCCAAAUUCUUUUCUGAAGUUGCUGGCAUUUGGGUCAAGGUUUUAUUAAAAGCUACAUUUUAUAACACUGGCACAAAAAAAGUAGUUUUAAGCUUGUUUGCACAGUUCUUUUUUUCCAUUGGAAAUGGAAUUCAUUGCCUUAGGUCUUUUUAAAUAGUGUAUUAUCGUUGGGGCUGGCUCUAUGCUUGAAAACCAGUUUAUUUAUAACCUGUUGUAAGUGCUAUAUCUGUUUGCAGUUAGGAAAUGCAGAAUUCAAAGUGAUCUCCUAGCUUGUAAGCAAACUGAGAUGCACUAUCCCUUUUCUAUAAAAAACUGAGUUAAUGUCAAGAAACCAACUCUAGUAAAGUGGGGUUUAAUAUUACCCUUUCCUAUGUGUUUUAUCUAAUUAUUUUGAUUGUUAAUAUGGUAAUUAAAAGUCAAGGUAAAUUUUAAAUAUUAAGAUUUCUGAUUUAUUGAGCUCGAAUUAUGCCACCAUGCUUAUGUAAAAUGAAAGUGGCACCAUGGUGAAACUGAGAAAAGUUGCUCAGUUGUAAUAAUUUUGAUUUAUUCUUGUGACCUCCUUCCCUUACUGUCUUGAACCAUAGCAAAAGGAUACUGCAUCUCUUAUUGUAGUGCUGAGGUUAUUGAAGUUAUAUAAAACACAUCUCAGUCUCUGUUUCUUGGAAAGGAAAGUCCUGCUGGCUGACUGACAAGUAAGCAGGGAGAAUUAAGAUAAAUGUAUUUCAUGUUUUGCACACAAAUGCAGAAUUUGUAUAACCACAUGACUUCAUAGUUGUGAUCUCGAAGAGGGAAUUUCUCCUUUUUCUUGCAGUUAAUGUAAGAGCACUCUAAAUCUCUAAGCUUCUGAAGUGUUAGAGGUAGAGAUGGUCUAGUAAAGAUGUAGUUUGUAAUGUUUUAUCCAUUUAGCAUGUGUUUAUUUUUCCUUAUGUACUCAAAGGUGACUUAUUUGUUCAGCUCAAUGAUUACAACUAAGAAUCAUUCAGUAGCAAAAGGAGAAGCAAUCUCAAUCUAACAAAUCAGAAAUGUUUCUUAUUUUAUAUUGAGUUGAAUAUUUGACUCUAACACUUUUCUACAUACAAAACACGAGUAUCUUGAGGGUUCUUCAUAAUUGCAUUUUAGAGGAAUUGAAUAUGCCAUAAAUACUUCUUAAAGAUUUGACAUUAGAAUGUAGUAUCCAUAUGUUGGUUAAUUUUCUUAUGAGCCCCAUGACGGAAAGACUUAAAGAUGAAUUUGAGAAAAUUGAAAAUUAGAUUAUCAGGUUCUGUUAAAUUGUUACAUGUAUCUUGCUUAAGUUUUUGUUCAUUAAUUUAUAUCCACCCAAUUACAUAAAGCAAAUUUGGAGGAAAACCUGAA